CCCAACUAAGGAGUCAGAACAUGGGUUGAAAUCGCGAUCCAAGAUAACCAAAAAGCCACUUUGGAACUCCAGCCCGGAGCCUGGGCCCGCCCAGUUGCCAUGGAAGCGGCUCCGCCCCUAGCGCUGGACAACCCGGGCCCUGAUUGGCUGGUCGGCCGGCUUCGUUUCGGGAUGUGUCCGCCGCCGCCAUUGUGCGGCGCUAGUCCGCUCGGAGGGUUCCGGCUGCGGCCGAUUCCUUGGCCUCUCACCCCUACCCGGCGGGUCCGGGACUCCUGUCCGUGUCGGUGCGGGCGCCGGCAUGUGGCUGUGGGAGGAGCAGGGGGGCCUCCUGGGCCCCUUCUCCUUCCUGUUGUUGCUUCUCCUGGUGGUGACGCGCAGCCCCUUCAAUGCCUGCCUCCUCACCGGCAGCCUCUACGUGCUGCUGCGCUUCUUCAGUUUUGAGCCGGUGCCCUCUCGCAGAGUCCUGCAGGUGCUCAAGCCCCGGGACCGCAUUUCGGCCAUCGCCCAUCGCGGCGGCAGCCACGACGCGCCCGAGAACACGCUGGCGGCCAUUCGGCAGGCAGCUAAGAAUGGAGCAACGGGUGUGGAGUUGGACAUCGAGUUUACCUCUGACGGCGUUCCUGUCUUAAUGCAUGAUAACACAGUAGACAGGACGACAGAUGGGACUGGUCGGUUGUGUGAUUUGACAUUUGAACAAAUUAGGAAACUUAAUCCUGCAGCAAAUCACAGACUCAGGAAUGAUUUCCCUGAUGAGAAGAUCCCUACCCUGAGGGAAGCCGUUGCAGAGUGCUUAAACUAUAACCUCACCAUCUUUUUUGAUGUCAAAGGCCAUGCAAAUAUGGCAACUGAUGCUCUAAAGAAGAUAUAUAUGGAAUUUCCACAACUGUACAAUAAUAGUAUGGUCUGUUCAUUCUUGCCAGAAGUUAUCUAUAAGAUGAGACAAACAGAUCAGGAUAUCAUAACAGCUCUAACUCAUAGACCUUGGAGCCUGAGCCAUACAGGAGAUGGAAAACCUCGCUAUGGUAGUUUCUGGAAGCAGUCCAUGUUUGUGGUAAUGGACAUUUUGCUCGAUUGGAGCAUGCAUAAUAUCUUGUGGUACCUGUGUGGAAUUUCAGCAUUCCUCAUGCAGAAGGAUUUUGUAUCCCCGGACUAUCUGAAGAAGUGGUCAGCUAAAGGAGUCCACGUUGUUGGUUGGACCGUCAAUACCUUUGAUGAGAAAAGUUACUAUGAAUCCCAUCUUGGUUCCAGUUACAUCACAGACAGCAUGUUGGAGGACUGUGAACCUCAUUUCUAGACUUUUGCCCUGGGGAGGAAACACAGGUUCAGAAACCGCAGGUGGCCUCAUGCAGGGAUAUCAAAGUACCCUUUGUGCUAGUCCAGCCUGGAGGGGUCAGCGGCUCACAAGCAGUAGCCAGUAAUUGCAUUCUUAUCUGAAUAAACCAAAAGCAGGUGUUGCUGCCAGGCUCCAUAGAAUGCCUGCAUUCAUCAGUGUUGCUCUUGAAAAAUCUGGGUCUGAACAAAGGCACACCAGCUCCCACUGACGCAGCCCAGCGACAGCGAGACCAGUGGGGAAAGCAGAGUGAGCUGUGCAGGUGGAGGAUACAGAUGCAAAUGCAUGGGACUUGCAUGACCAUUUGGAGUUGACAUUUUAACACGUACCAUACUUAAGCAAUGUACUUAUGUAAGAAUUUGUGUUCAGCUCUGUUAACAGUGUACUGUAGAUGUCAAACUUGUGACCACACUAAUAAAAUCAUUAAAAGGAGCGAGAAAGGAAAAUGCAUACCAAACACGCAUCCUCCCUACAGCUCCCUAAAUUUAGGAAGGUGCACUGUGCUAUGCAGUGAAGUCUUGGUGAGCAGCAACCACAGAGGGAGGGAGGUGUUGAAACCAAGUGGAGGGAUUAUUUACUAUGUCUUGAAGUAAGAGCCACAAACCACCCGGGGGCAGAAUUGCACUUCAGGUUUAUUAGGAAGCUUCACAGCAGUCGCAUAUAAUUAGAGCUGGGAGAAACUUCCAAGAACUUCUCAGUUUAUCCUCAUUUUAGAGCUGAGACUACUAGAAUUUGUGGAUGAAGAGCAGUGGCCUCCAAAACCUCAGAAGUGGUGAAGUAGCCGGGCUUGAUCUCAUAAUAACAACUUGUUUGCUGUAACCCAGGAACUGUACAAGGGUUUAGCAUGAUCUUACUCAACAUGAGGAAACUGAGGCUCUGCAAAAUUGAAGUCACUUCCCUGAGGUCUCAGAGUCCAUAUACAAUUGGAGCUCCAGUCUACCUGGGCCCAACUCAGAGCUACUGUUCUUUACCACGCACUGUAUCUCUGUAUUCUUUCCCACAUGAACUUCCAGGGCUCUUAUCAUGACCUUAAGUAGCCGUGUUUAAAAUGAAAUUGUGUAAUUUAAAAAUGGCAAAUCUGUCUGCCUCCUCUAGUUAGCCCCAUCCUACCUUUUAGCCCUGUUGGUGGCCUUUGCUACGGCCCACACUUAGCCCUGGCUUCCCUCAGAUGGCUCAUCAGCUCAGCCCUGUAUCAGCCAGGCAGGGGGAGCUUUGGAAGACCACUCCAUAUGACCAGACACACAUGCUGAUUUUUAUUACUGUAGGUGUUGAAGUAUGAUAGAUAGAACUUGGGAUAUUUUUUGGGGGGAGGAGAUUUUUAAAUCAGUGUUUAUAAGGAAAUGUUCUUGUCUGUCUUUUGGUGCUUGGUAUUGAACCCAGAGCCUUGCUUAUUCUAAGCAACAUGCUCUAUCACUAUGAGCUGCAAUCCUAGCCACUAAAGGAUUUUCCUUCAAUUAUAAAAUUAAAUAUAUUAAGUAAGUGGAACAAAUGUCCAUGCAUGUACUUCUAUGCCAUAUUAUGACUAAAGUGACAAAAAGAAGGAAAAAGUAACCAAGGAAAACGUCUGGCAACUUAAUUCUUCCCUGGGUCCUUCCUGAGACUGCACAGCACUUUACAGCCCAGGGUGGCCUUGGAGACAUCACAGAGUUAGUAAGAGCUUUUCUGUUGAGAGAAGGCUCUGGAGAGCCAGGCAUUCUCUGCCUGCUGAGCUCCACCCCAAGCGUGCCUUGCCCUUGACUCAACUAGGCCCAGAUAAGGACUUUGAUAAGUACUAUAAAGCACUUCCUUGAAAGGCCUUCUACAGGGCUAAAAAUAUUAGUGGCCUAUGAGUUUUAACACAGUUGUAAGCUUUGUGAAUCAUUUGACAACUCUGCAAAAAGUUAUACACACAUUCAUUUCAAAUGCACACAUACAUCCACAUGUCACCACAGCUUCAUGUUUGGUUCAGCGUAAGACCUUGUUAAUGGUUAUGUAUAAAAUUUCAUAGGGGCAGAGUCCCACCCUCGUCUAACCCCAAAGACUCCUGUACUUAAUAUGUAAUAAACAGACAAGACCUCUGAUUCUAUUUCA